AUGCAGAAUGGCCCCCCUUCACAACAAACCCCCACGCCCGAUCAGCAGAAUGCGGUCUCCUCGCUCUGGGAGCGCUUCACGAAUAACUUUCACAUGAGACCGCCCGAAGAUGAUGAACCCCAAUCGUGGUGGAUCGCGUCGACGGCUAUCCCGCUCGUAGCCGCCGCUGCGGGUCCAAUAGCCAAUGUGAUGUCUAUUGUGGCGCUGGUUAUGCCUUGGAGGAGUAAGAUCAUUUCGAGGACGGAUGGCCCUGCGGGAGACUGGGUCGAGGAGGGAUAUGCUGAUCCACACUGGGUCACUGCGUUCAAUGCGCUUUCGCUGUUCUGUGGGUUGGUUGGCAAUAUUUUCUUGUUGCUGAAUUUCACACAGACUGUACGAUACAUCGUUGCCCUUCCUGUGACUAUCGUUCUCUGGUUCUUGGCUCCAGCAAUCUUGAGUGGUUUGACUGCAUCCCUCUCUAUCUACAAUCCCCCAAUUGGGCCUGAUGAUACAUAUUCGCAAGCCUUUUGGAGUGCUGUCAUUGCAGCCAUUCUCUAUUUCAUAUUGGCUGUCCUUUUGAUGAUAAAUAUGCUUGGAUAUUUCCUUGGACGAUAUCCACAGCAUUUCUCUCUCACUGAUGAUCAACGUACACUCAUUUUGCAAAUGACUGCAUUUGUCGUAUGGUUGCUUAUCGGUGCAGCUAUAUUCCAAAAAGUCCUAGGCAUUGCAUUUGCAGAUGCUUUGUAUUUCUGCGACAUUACCGUCCUGACUUUGGGUUUUGGUGACGUGGUGGCUACUACGGCUCUUGGAAGAGGUCUGAUCUGGCCAUACGCCGUUAUUGGUAUCAUUAUGCUGGGUUUGGUUGUUGGCAGUAUCCAUCAAUUUGCCAAGGAAGUUCACUACGACAACGUUGUCCGAAAGCACAUCGAGCAGAAGCGGCAAACCACCUUUGACCGAUCUGUCUCCUUCGAGACAUUUGAUAAGCUCGGCUUGAAUAAUCCGAAAGAGGUACCCUCGGCACUGACGCGGCGGCAGUCUGAAACAGCUCAUCACCAUCAUAAAAGGCCCCAGCCUAUCCGGGACACAAUGCAUGCGCUUGCAGCUGGUCGUCGACCCAAGCUUCUGGUAAUGAGAGAAGAAAAGGACCGAUUUGAUGCAAUGAGAAACAUUCAGUAUGAGACCAUGCGAUUUCGCCGAUGGAAUGACUUGGUCAUCAGUAUCAUUGCCUAUGGAAUCGUAUGGAGCUGCGGAGCUGUAGUGUUUUGGACACUCGAGGGCUGGACCUAUUUCGAAGCGCUUUACUUCUGUUUCUGCUCUCUGAUCACUAUCGGCUACGGUGAUUUCACACCGAAAACCAAUGCAGGACGGCCAUUCUUUGUGGUAUGGUCUCUUAUCAGUAUUCCAACCAUGACCAUGCUUAUUUCCCAAAUGAGCGAUACUGUUGUCGCGGCCUUCAAACAUGGCACAGAGAAGUUUGCAGAAUACUUCAUCAUGCCGGAGAGUGGAACUUACCGAUCCUUUUUUGGACGGGUUCCCUGCAUUAAGGGCUUCGUGGAAAGACGUCAGGAAAAACGAAGACUAAAGCGCGGGUUCCAAGUUAGUGCUGAUGUGGAUGAUAUCGUUGAACCGGAGACCGAGGACGUCGAAGCUGCUACAAAACAGAUGUCCCAGUCCACAUCUCGAACACCACGUAACCCGUCACCUUCAAACCGACCUCGUCGAACAAUCGAGGAACUCGCACGAAACCCCAAUCCAUCUCCAUAUGAACUCGCCCAACAGCUUGCUUUCGCCAUUCGGAAUACUUCCCAGGAUGUACGCGAAGGAAAGCGCAAGCGUUACAACUAUGAAGAAUGGGUCGAGUAUACACGUCUCAUCCAAUUUACGGAUCCACGUUCUCGACCCUCUUCAUCAGAGGGUUCUUCGAGUCAGCAUCCAGGUGGACACGACACUUCCCACGAUGAAGAUGAGUACGGAGUCUUGAAUUGGGACUGGAUUGGUGAGAAUAGUCCCAUGCUGGCGCACCAGACUGAACCAGAGUGGGUUCUUGACCGGCUUUGUGAAAGUCUGGUUCGAUAUGUGUCUACUCAGGAGCAUGCUCGAGCUAGUACCCCGGAAAAUGCUGAAGAUGUGGCUGAGGCUGCUACGUUGAGGAAGGAGAAAGAUCUUGGGAUUGAGGAACUUUGA